AAAGUUCUUUGCUUCAAACAUUCCUCGAAACAGACGACAAAUUUUAAAUUUGAAUGCAGAUAAGACAUAUCUGGUUGAAUAUAGUGUUCUUGGCAUAUAACUGGAAUCGAACCCCUCUGCAACUGAAUAAGUUCCAAACAUUUGGUGAUGGGGCAGCACUUGUUGAAGAAAAUUUUUCGUGAUUCCGAUUUCUGAUAAUCAAAAUUAUUCCCCGGGACCGCCGCCACCGCCGGUGACUAGACUACCCUCUUUUCGCCAUCUCUGUAGCAGUAGCAGCGAGUUUCUGAGAUUUGCAACACGCCAUGGAAAACGGGCCGAUAGAAUGGCGAUUUCAAGGCAACUUCAAACGGAACGCGCCGGCGAAGCCCUCAAUCGCCGUAGCCCUCGACAGGCUCAGGCAGAGCCUCGAUAAAGACGACCAGAGGACUGUCAUAUCCCUUGGCCUUGGCGACCCCUCCAUUUUUGCUUCCUAUCGUAUUGAUUCAGCGGCUGAAGACGCCAUCGCUGAUGCUGUUCGCUCUACUAAGUUUAAUUCCUACUCUCCCCCUCUUGGCAUUCCCGAGGCAAGAAGGGCAGUUGCCGAUCAUCUGUCUCGUGAUCUUCCCUACCGUCUACCGGCGGAUGAUGUUUUUCUAACAUCUGGGUGUGUACAAGGAAUUCAAACCAUAUUGACAGUUCUAUCUUCCUCCCCAGGAGCCAAUAUCUUGCUUCCCAGGCCAGGGUUCCCCGUCUAUGAGCUGCGUGCUGCUUUCGCCCACAUUGAAACUCGCUAUUUCGAUCUUCUUCCUCAAAAGGAUUGGGAAGUCGACCUCAACGGCGUCGAAGCUCUGUUGGACGAUAAAACUGCAGCAUUGGUCAUCAUCAACCCAGUGAAUCCCUGCGGGAGUGUUUACACAAGAGCACAUCUACAGGAGAUUGCGGAGACAGCAAGAAAACUUGGGGUUAUGGUAAUCUCUGAUGAAGUUUAUGCCAAUCUCAAUUUUGGCUGUAACCCAUUUGUCCCGAUGGGAGCAUUUUCAUCAAUUGCUCCUGUUAUCACUCUUGGAUCCAUAUCUAAGAGAUGGUUUGUGCCUGGAUGGCGUUUUGGUUGGCUUGUGGCUAAUGACCCACAUGGAAUUCUUCAUCACUCUGGGAUUGUUGAGCGCAUCAAGAGAUAUAUCAAUUUCACAAUGGUUCCUGCCACAUUCAUUCAGGCAGCCAUUCCUCAAAUUCUGGAGACAACAAAGGAGGAUUUCUUCUAUAGGAUAAACCGCCUGCUAAGAGAGGCUGCAUAUACAUUUUAUGAGGGACUGAAGGAAAUCCCCUGCAUCAUUUGUCCCAAUAAACCACAAGGCUCCAUGUUUAUGAUAGUGAAACUUGAUUUGUCCCUUCUGGAAGGCAUUGAAGAUGAUUAUGAGUUCUGUGUUCAGCUGGCUAAAGAGGAAUCUGUGAUUAUUCUUCCUGGUGAUGUGGUUGGGUUGAAGAACUGGUUACGGAUAUCUUUUGCAAUUGAUAUUGCAGAUCUUAAAGAUAGCCUUCGGAGGAUAAAAGCCUUCUGCCAAAGGCAUGUUCGAAUCUGUCAAGCUUGAUAAAUUCAAUCAAAAGAUGCAAUAAGAUUUUUUGAUGUCUUCCAGCUUACACUAAUGGAUCCCUAAAGAUGUAUAAGAUUUGAAAUAACAGCUAAGUUAUGUUUUUUGGUAUAACAAAUGGGGUAGGAGAUUCGAACUCAUGACCUCGAUCAAAAAUUAGUGUCAACUAUCACUGAGUUAAGCUCAUCUUGACUAAUAGCGGAGCUAUGUUGAUAAUUUAUCUUGCAAAACUCUUUUGAGUUGUUUU